AGCAACCAACUUUGAAUGCAAACCAAAACAAUAAACAUACCUGAAUAUAAACACAUGAGACUGUGCGCAUGGUGACAUUGGUCUUUCCGACUCGAGUUUUAUUCGUUUUUCAUCAACAGGAAUUAGAACCUAUGAAUAUUGAAUCAUUACUGUGUAUGACUGCAUUUCUGCUAGGUUUAUAAGUUACAUUCACAAGGACUGUAUUGAGACAAAACCGAGUGAGAAUGUGCAUAAUGUAGUAUUUAUCGGGGUCUACAGCCCUACAAAGGUCUUGUAUCCUUGACAUGUAUGAUGAGAGUAUAGAUGUAUCUGAUGCAGAAGAGGUGGCAACACCCCCUUCGUCUGUCAGUGGUACUCGCAGGCAAGAGAAAAGUGCUGUACAAGACAAGGCACUUAGCGGUAUGGCCACAAUAAGAAGACAAAGCCUUGCAGCUGAGAGCACGCUGCGCCCUGGCAGUUCAGAUCAAUCUGAUAACACUGAUGAUGACGAUGAGGAUGAUGAUGAUGUGAAAGCUGCUUAUCUAGAAGGAUCGUACGAUCCCCAGGAAUUCGAUCAUCUUGCUGUAAGCACUGAAAUCAAGGAGCUUUUUCAGAAUAUCACCAGGUACACACCUCAGAAAAUAGAUUUAGAUUUCAAACUGCGGCCAUUUGUACCAGACUUUAUACCAGCAGUGGGUGAUAUUGAUGCUUUUCUGAAAGUUCAGAGACCAGAUGCCAAAACUGAUGGUGUCGGUUUAAAGGUUUUGGACGAACCAUGUGCAGCUCAAAGUGAGCCUGCUGUCUUACAUCUACAGCUAAGAGCACUGACGAAGCAAUCCUCUGCAAAAGCUAUAGUCGUAAAACAAGUUGAAGACGCCGAAAAAAAUGGAAAAGCAAUUGAGAAAUGGAUAAAGGACAUAAGUGACUUGCAUCGCUCUAAACCUCCACCAACAGUCCAUUAUACGAGGCCCAUGCCUGACAUUGAUAGUUUACUUCAAGAAUGGCCUCAUGAAAUUGAAGAAAAACUCAACUUGUUUGGUCUUCCAACUGCUCAGUUGGACACCACUUUGCUCAACAGCAUCGACAUAAUAUGCGGAUUACUGGAUAUUCCUGUGUAUGAGUCAAGAAUACAGUCCCUUCAUGUUUUAUUUUCAUUGUAUAUAGCUGUUAAAAAUGCAAAACAAGGAAGUGAAAACUAAUUAAAGAGUGUUAGCACGAUAGUCAA